AUGCGUAAUUUUGCACUGGAUAAUGAAAGCACUCUAUCAAGCCAGCAUAUGAAGCUGCAAAAGUUCAAGCGUAGUUAUAAAGCUUGUUUAAAUUGCAGACUUCGCAAAAUUAAGUGCGAUUUAGGGUCAGUGGAUAAUCCAAGGGAGGGAAAGUGUGCCAGAUGCUUGAGAGAGAGGAAAGAUUGUAUAUUCGUCGACUCGAAGAGAGGAGGAUCUGGCAACGUUGCAGGUGGAAAAAGAAAGAAAAUGAAAGUUCAUGAAUCUUUGAAUGACCUGGAUCAAAUCAUUGAAUCGGAUACUAUGUCGUCGUAUUCGGCAAGUCCAAAACCGUCUAAUUCUAUUCAUGGAAAUCCAGAUGAACAAGACGAACUGAAAAAGCGUCUUUCUGUUCCGCAUAUCUUAAAUGAAGGGGCAUUAAGGUCGAGCAAGCUUGAGACGCAUCAUCAUUCAACCCAUCACACGAGGCAAUCUGAAGGUCACUUUUCAACAUCAGCCAGUGCCUUGGUAUAUUUAGCAAAAGCCGCAGGGUCGAUUGCUAAGGCUGAUGAGAGAGAUAAUAUUGACGCAAGAAGGAAGCAUGAGCAUUUCUUGAAAGAUAGUCGUAACAAUUCAUCCGAUAAAUUAAAUAAUAGCUCUAGUGGAAUUGAGCGUGAUUCUAUGAGCAGUGAUGACACCAGCUUUCAAAAAUUUGACUCUUAUCGGUCAUUCCCAUCUGGAAAGUCAAGCACAGAUGAAUUUUUUGUUGUACCACCAGCAGAAACUACAUAUGAUGUGCAUCCUAAGGGAUCUACAACUAUUUCUUCUUUCGACUUCAUUAACGGACCAAAUGCAAUACUAUCUGUAAAUGAAGCUGAAAAGUUAGUCAACUUGUUUUUCUCAACAAUGCAUCCAUAUUUUCCAUAUUUGCCAAACUUUUUGCAUUCACCAGAUGCUUUGGCAGAGUUCCCUAUUUUACUAUGUACAAUAUUAACGAUUUCCUCUCGAUAUCACACAUUGACAGAUGAUAGAGGAAAUGAUAGGAAUAUUGAGGUUCAUGAAAGAUUGUGGGUUUAUGUCCAGAGACUCAUCUCGCAAACAGUAUGGGCUGAGGCGAGCACAAGAUCAAUUGGUACAAUUUUUGCAUUUUUACUUUUUACCGAAUGGAAUCCGAGAGCCAUACAUUGGAGAUGGUCAGAUUACGCUAACAAAGCUGAUGAAAGUUCGCAUGCUCCAAAUUCUGAAGAUCAAAAUUUAGCUGGAUUGGGUGCCAUGACACGAAGCUACAGAAUGACGUGGAUGCUAGUUGGAAACGCCGUCAGAUUAGCCCAAGAAAUGGGAUUUAUGGAAGUAAGCUCUAAAACAUUCCUAGCAACACAUAUCGCAGAAGUGAAUUCAGUGAUGAAUAUCAGGGGAAGAUCGAUGUUAGCUCAAUCUCUUUCUGAAGUUGACCUUGAUAAUGAGAACAGUAUUGAAUCAGACGCGGGAAAUGGCAGACACAACGAAAGUAACCUUGAUGACGAUGAUAAUGAUAAUGGUAAUGGUAAUGAUGAUGAUGAUGAUGAUGAUGAUGAUGAUGAUUACGAUUUCGUUAAGCUUGGGGAAGAUGAUUUAAAAAGAUUGGCUGAAGAACAUGUUUUGAAAUUUACAAUCAAUCAAAAAGCACUGUUAGAGUUGCUUCAAAUCAUCUCAUUGGGCCACGAAUCUUUCUAUGGUUAUAAGGCACAGCUAAACAGUUUGACCCAAAGUCAAAAAUUAUCUGUUUUGAGUAUCUUAUCUUCAUUGAUUGGAAGCUGGAGAAGAAAAUAUCAAAAUUUAUUGAUACCAUCGAACCCAAAACAUAUUAAGAAUAAUAUGAGUAUACAGCAGCAUAUCUUGGAUCCUCAUUCAAAAAUUUCGAAAGAAAUAGCUCAAACCAUUGAGAGGGAAGAAAUGAUUUUUAAUUUUCAUUACGUUCAGCUUUACGUUUAUUCUUUGGCAUUGAGUCCAGCUCAGAGACCUUCCCACGGGAAAAGUUCUGAGAAAGUAUCUUUGAAGUUAGAUGAAAUAUCCAAAUCGGCUAAAUAUAUUGAGCAAGCAUUUGUGUCCGCCAACGAGCUACUAUCAUCUGCGCAUCGUGUUCAUAGAAUUAGAAUGUUAAGAUUUAUGCCUGUGCGAUGGCUAACAACUAUAGUCAGAGCAAUUGCCUUCAUUGUCAAAUGUUAUAUGACCAUAACUGCGCAUAAAAAAUCGUCAUCCUAUCCUUCUACACUUGGGCCCAACGUUGACAAUCUUGAUGCCACCAUUCUUUCAUUGUCAAUGAUAUCAAUAGAUGAUAUAACUCAAAGUAUUAGAAGAGCUGCGAUAACAUUAAGAGAUUGCUCUCCUGACGAAUUGCAUUUGUGCACCAGAUAUUCUAAUAUCUUGAUGUAUCUUUGUUCUCAAAUGAAGUCAACAAGUAAGGGAAACGAGAAUGCCGAUCAAGACUACCCAGAACCUACAAAUACUGAAAAAGCUCAUGCUGAGGAGAAUGGGCCCAAUAAUUCGGUCGAAACCAGCUCGAACUUCACUCAAAAUCCUACCAACACAUAUAACGUGCAAGAAAAUGGCCCCGGUUUCUUUUACUUCAAUAAUAAUGAAAAUGACGGGACUCCAAUUCAAGAUAUAGGCACCGAAAGUGAAGUUAUGGACUGGUUUUUGAACAAUAAAGAUAUUGGCUUAGAUUUCGUAGGUCCUUGGACGGAAAUGAUAGAACAACAGUUAAACUCUAAUGAGCAAGGUUAA